AAAAUGUCAUGAAAUUUUUAGUGUUGUGGCUUUCAUCGCCAUCAACAAACAUAUUCAGAAGGAAAAGAUGACCGAAGCUCUCGAGGAUUGUCUCACUUGCCGGAGGAAAACGGACAAUUUCCUCCGGAUAACGGACCCGUCCACCGCCGUUGAGGAUAUCGGCGAUAUCGUUGCUAGCCAUUUCUGGUUUCAGGCCGAUCAAUAUGAGGAUCGUGUCCUCUGUACCAGUUGCUGGGAGAAGAUUGACGAUUUCCACAAAUUUUACUGUGAAGUGAAACAGGCGUGGAACCACGAGCACUUUUCCGGUAGAGCUGUUGUAAAGAAAGAAGCGGCAUUCGAAGAUGAAGGACUACAGCAGGAACUGUUCGCAUCCGAACUGGUCAAGGUGGAAAUAACCCAGAACGAAGGUGGUUCGGAAUACCAGCAGAGGGAUGAAGACACGAAAAUCGAGGAAAAGUUUGUAGAUGAGUCGAUAACCACCGAUGAUUCAGAGGAGGAUUCAACUGUACCUUUAGCAAAACGAUUCCGUCAUGACAACGACAAACCGAAAUCGUCUGAGAAAGAUAACAAAAUUCGGAGAAAGCGACGCGUUAGAUCUAAAGGAAAAUCAUUUGGGCAGAAUAAAAAUACGUCACCGUUCCAGUGCGACCUUUGUGUUCCCAACAGGUCAUUCAGGAAGGAAGAAGGCUUACUAAUGCACAAAGUGCUGACCCAUUCAGAUGAGUCCCAAAAAACGUUCCAGUGCGAUCUAUGUGAGAAAGCAUUUGCCUACGAAUGGCAACUGUCCGGACACAAGACCUGGCACGAGAAAAAGAACCUGAACAUUUGCUGCGAUAAAUGUAACAAAUACUUCGAUUCAGGUCGUUCACUAAACUACCACAUUCUGGCAAAUCAUCCUGAAAGCGUACCCGCCGGAACACUACCUAUGUUCGACUCGAUCGAAGAUACUGAUGAGAACGGUUCAUUAGAUUGGCCAACAUCUGGCCACACUUCGAAGAAAAUAUCUGAAAAUUCAUCCCAAAGCCCCUCAUCGAGGCUCAAAACUCCAGAAGAACAUGCCCAAUACGAUGUAUUGAUUCGUCAAUUCUGCACUCUUAUCUGCGACAAAUGUGGAUUUGCGGGCGAAAAUUUCUACAAUUUGGAGAAACACUGCAAAAACGUUCACGAUCAUCGAGGCUAUGCCACGUGUUGCGGACGAAGGUUUUAUAAAAAACGACAGUUGUACGAACAUUGUCAACGGCACGUCAACCCGGACACGUUCCACUGCGAGAUUUGCAAAAAGUCCUUCCCCGACAGUGAGGGUCUUGAAAAGCAUAACCAAUGGAUUCACACGCCGGACUCGGAGAAGCCCUUCAAAUGUGAGAUCUGUGAUUCCGUUUUCAUCAAGGAAUACUUGCUGAAAAACCAUUUGAUGUAUCACCUUGCCAUAGAGCAGAAGAUCUACUACUGCAAGGAUUGCGAUAGACCCUUCGGAGCACCAUCCUACUUGCGAACACAUCUGGAGGCCAUACAUGGUGCCGCAUCGAGUUGGGUGUGCGAUAUCUGCGCAAAGGGAUUCUCGCACAAAUCUUUCCUGGAGGCGCAUCGGCUUUCGCACACCGAGGAAGGAGCGGCUAGUUUGAAGCGCCAAUGCGAGCACUGUAAAAAAUGGCUCAAAAACGCCAAGUCUUUCACCCGGCAUCUGAAGCGCUGCCAAUCCGGUGGCCCCGUGACGUGUGAUGUGUGCGGCAAGGAAGUGGCCAACGAGGUGUCCUUGGCCAGUCACAAACGGUUCUAUCACUCCGAGCAGCCAGUGUACCCUUGCAGCUACUGCGGCAAAAUAUUCAAACGUUUAAUUCGGCACAGGGAGCACGAAGCCAAUCACCGUGGAGAGGUUCUUUAUGAAUGCCCCUUCUGCCCUUAUUCCUGCAACUCUAACUCAAAUAUGUACACCCAUAAGAAGGCGGCUCAUGCUGAACAGUGGGCAGCGAAGGUGGAGGAACGGUUUUACAAGCGAUAACUUGAUUUUUGCAGUUUCGAGUGCUUUAACAAGGUAAGAAAUCUUAUAUUAAUUUCA